AUGACUUGCGGAAGCCUCGCACCCCUUUUUCUGUCACCAGAGAUGGAAUGCGCGGUAUACCAAAAACUGCAAUCUGCCUGGACGCUGCCUUUAAGUCGCGGACUUUUCUGUGGGGAUAAGUUGCAAUUCAGGGGUCCCGUGCAAAUGUCGCGGCGUAUACCACUGGGGAGUACUGGAAUAUCCGGCAGAAUGGAUGGAAAUCGCGGUUACCGCAAUCAACGUCGAAGAGGAAAGAACUGGUCUAACAAAGUAGAUAGAGGACCACGGUUUGGUGAAGGAGACCGUCAAGGGACUGGCAAAGGGCCUCGAGGGAGGGCGUCGCCUUUUUUCCUCCCUCAGCAUCUCCAGCGUUCAAAUCCUUGGGAUGACGCCGAUCGUGGAGAGUGCGAAAACUCACGCGAGAUCUACAAUCAGUACUCUGAUGGAUAUCCGUCAGACAUUCGAAAGUCAUCUCGGGGAUAUUAUGACAACGGAAGGAGCAAUGCGCAUUACAAUCACCAAAGAAACUCUUAUGAUGAUUAUAAAGAAUCGGAUGAUUAUUAUGGGCGCAAUCAGAGACAUCAGCGAGAAUACACUAAUAGUUCCUAUAAAAACUACGACAAUGAUAGACGCCCCGGAGGUCAAAAUUUGAGGGAGCAGCGAUCUUUUGACAAUCGCGCUGGAGACUACAAUGGGCGCAAGCAGUCUCGUAGCAAGUACUUCUCAGAUGAUCCUCCUGACAGUUACCGUGAGGAAAUAGAAGAAAAGAGAAGGAAAUGGUUGAAGGAGCAGGAAAGACUAGAACAAGAACAGCACUCCUACUACGAUCUCUCAGCAAAUCACACUUAUGCUAGAAACAACCGGAGGAGUGGCGGUGGAAGGAGGGAUGAAUCAUACGGAGAUUAUCGUGAACGAACUUGGCAGUCGAAUUCCAAUGGUCCAAGAGAGCAGCGCGGUUUUGAGAAUUCAUAUAAUAAGCAAAACUAUGGCGAGAGAAGAACAUCUAUGAGAGGAGAUCAGCGUCGUGGGCGUUGGGUGGAAAACGAAGGUUUUGGCAAUAAUUGUGAGAGAAGAAAUGCAAGACAGAAUUUGAGCUUUUCGCACAGAAAUGAUGAAAUCAGAAGUCAUAACUCCGUUAACGAUAUGGAUAAAACUGAAAAUGCCACUGUUCCUCAUUCUGGAAAUGAGCAAAGAUCAAAGCAAGAGACCGUCCUCCAUGAAAAAUCAAAUGAACGAGAUGAGAAUGAAACCUCUUCCAAAACCGAUGACCUUUGUAAUGCACUCGAGAACGCAUCUGUGCAGGACAGUCCGCUUGACAAUUCUGAUACCGAGAGUGAUUGCGACCUCAGAACUCGCCCAGAACAAGACCCCACUUCGACAAAAGCUGCUGGUCCAUCCGAUCUUCCCUCUAGCAGUUCGACUGUUCCUGCAGCUGCUAGCCCCUCCAGCCUUCCACCUAGUAGUUCGGCUGUACGCGCGGCUAGCAGCUCUCCAAGCGAACCAAAGGAGGAACCGGGUGCUGUAGUGUUGGCGCCCAAGAAGGAACCUGCUACGAGACAAGGGAAAGAAAGGGUUCAUCUACUUACUAAUUUCUGGGAACUGACGGUGAAUAGCAAAAUUGUCUAUCGCUAUGAUGUGGCUGUAUACUUGAACACACCUGCAAAAGAAAGAGCUGUCGAUCUUUUGAGGGGUCCACGCGAUGACUCUGAGAAUACGAGAAGGCAUCGUCUUUGCAUGGAAGCUCUUCAACAUGCGUUGCAAUUCUACAGUAUUAUCAGCCAGUAUUCUGCUUUUGUUCAUGAUGGGGCUUCAAUAUUGUUUUCAUCCGAGGAUCUCAGUGCGGCAUUGAAGGAGCACAAUGGGAUACUAAAUGUGAUGAAGAGCGAGCUGCCGGAAAGUACCAGAAAUCUCAUCUGUCGAGUGGAUGUGGAUUCGAUAACAAUCGAGAUCACACCUUGCACGGCAACUCCAUCGUUUGAUCUGGCAGAUUUGCGCGCGCAGAGAAAUCGGAACUGGGCCACGUUGGAUCGUUCUUGGAAGCAGUUCUACGAGCUUAUCACCAAUUACGAUGCCGUGCUUAGCGGACGCUACACACAGUUUGGAGCUGGUUCUCUCUUCUAUAGCGCCCCACUCGAGGAAAGGGUUGGUUUUGGUUUCGAAAGAUUUGAAGGCGCACGGAAAGGAAUCAAGUUCAUCGAGGGGAAAAAGCGAGGUGCAAAUAGUGUGGUACCUGCAUUGAUACUUGACCACCGCGUCGGAAUGUUUUUCAAAGAACAGAAUCUUAUGAAGAGCGUGCACGAAAUGCUCGGACCACGUGCCAGGGGCAUGCAAAGAUUUGAUUUCUCUCGCAAUAAUUAUAAUCGCAUGAACAAAACAUGGGUAGAAGUCUACAAUUAUGUCAAAGGUCUGCGUGUAAAUCUUAUUGGAAAUGCUACAAAUCCGCUUAGUUUCGUAGCAGUAGGAAUCAGCGAUCAGCCAGUAGGAGAACUGGAAGAUACAUUUUCGGAUAGAAGAAGAGGCAAGAUAAAACUCGUGGAGAAAUAUGCGGAUCAUCAUGUUAAUCCCUAUUGGCCGGCUGUAAAGUAUCGUAGUCCUAGUUGCGUACAGUAUUUUCCUAUGGAAGUGUUGAUCGUUGCCCCUCAUCAGCGGGUUUCGCUGGAGAAGCAGCAAAUUGCGAAUUCAGUCCCACGUGCUGACAAGCCUGACAAACGUUACGAAAAAAUCCAUACUUUGCUUGAAGCACUGAAUCUUCAUAAAUCUGGAAGCAUGAAUGAGUUCUUGAACGCAUUUGGCAUAAAAGUAGCUGUGGCACCUAAGGAAGUUGACGGCAUCAGACGUGCUGCUCCUGGAAUUGUCUUCGGACAUCAAUGUGAACCUGCUAUCGAUAAGUUCAAGUACAACUGGCGUCAAGAUCGUAAUACCCAGUAUGUGAAUAGCGCUAGCGUUGAACGCAUAAUCAUUGUUCAUAGCGACGACACAUACCAAGAACCAAAGGAGUUGAGGGCCGCAUUGGAGCCAAUGUACAGAAAUCGUGGAAUUAAAUAUAUUCGCUUCGAAGAUGUCUACAUCAAGAGAGGUAGGGACGAAGACAUGGAAAAAGAGUUGGAAGAGUUGUUCAAAAAGAAUAAGGGAUCGAAAUCACUGCUGAUCAUUUACAUAGAUAGGGCUGAGAGCAAAUCACACGAGUUUUUGAAAUUGAUGGAACGUAAACACCUGAUUCCUACCCAACAGAUAACCUCUGAAAUCGUCUCAAAAAUUAGAAGACAAAUUCAGACCUGUAGUAAUUUUGUCUCGAAAACUAACCUCAAAUUGGGCGGCAUCAACUACAACGUCAUACCUGAAGCUUUCGCGAAAAAUCGUUGGAUUGCCUGUGGUACAACAUUGGUUGUGGGGUAUGAUGUAGCUCAUCCUGGAAAACCUUCGCGAGAUGAAAUCAUGAAUCAUAUGCCUCCACAGAGGCCGAGCAUUGUUGGAGUUUCAUUCAACGGAGCAGCACAUCCCGAGUCUUUUAUUGGAGAUUAUCAUUUCCAAACUCCGCGUCAGGAAAGAGUCGAUAGUGCUUUGUUGAAUGCCAGAUUCAAAUGGAUGCUUGACUUGUUUACGAAGAAUCGAGGGGUUUGGCCUGAAAGAAUUGUCAUCACUCGCGAUGGAGUGUCUGAAGGACAGUAUCGCAUGGUGAUAGAGGAUGAGCUGGGCGCUAUAAAAGAAGCAUGCGAGGAAUUUGGGAAUCUGCAUGGUCGGGAUUCGUGGAUCCCACCGUUCACUGUGAUUGUGGCGACAAAACGGCACCAUGCGCGUUUUUUCAAGGAACACCACGGAGUUGUCGACAAUCCUUUGCCUGCAACAGUAGUGGACACGGAUGUCGUUAGGAACGACAUAACCGAAUUUUUCAUGCAAAGUCACCGUCCUGUGCAGGGUACAGCAAAGCCUACAUCUUACCAAAUUAUCGUCGACGAAAAUGAAAUGGGCAGUGAUGAAGUACAGUCCUUAAUGUUGGCUCUAACUUUCCACCAUCAGAUAAGUGACGCACCUGUAUCUCUACCGGAGCCAGUGUAUCAAGCGGAUGAGUGGGCCAAGAGAGGAAAAGAUAUCUGGAAAGCAUAUACUGAUCGUCAUAAUGUGCUGAAAUUGGAUUCACAAGGCGAAUACGCGGAUUUCCCUAUUGACUUUGAAGCCAUGACGAAACGUUUGGCAUACUGGAACACGAAUCUGCAGUGUUAUCGAGUGAAUGCUUGACUGCUUGAUGAUCUUUUGCGAUGCUUGGUGUAAUAAUCACAUGUACCUAUAUGUAUCAAUAUUUAUCAAAUUGUUGUUAAUGUUUCCUUCUCACUCGUGGCUGAAAUCUUACUAAAAACGGUUUGACCAUCGCCUUUUCUGCAAUACUCUGCUUGUUGUUUUUCUCGUUGUUUCUCGGUUUUGCAUGUAUCAUAAUAUUUUUUCCAUGUAAAAAUUUCUUCGCUUACAAAUAGCAGUAGAAGUUUGCUUAUCGAACACAGUUCUCAUGUAAACUGCAUGAAUAAAGUAGAU